AUGUCAGUGGCGACUGUCGAAUCUCUGACUUUUGAUGAGAAGCAGUGGCGAACUAUCCGGAAAGGACUUGAGGACAUAGGCAUCUCGGUCGCAGCCUUUGAUGCUAAUAAGGCAUUCAUCAUGGAGUGGUUUCAACACGCUCUAGAUUCUGGUGCCUUUGAUGGGCAAGCUCCAAACGAUGUGUGGAGGUAUCGCGAAGUGGCGGUAUACGGGGAUGCGACGAAUGUGCAGGCCUAUCAUGGGAUGUUUCAAGCGCCAUUCUUGAGUGGUAUUGAGAAGAAGAUUAUGACUUACUUACCCAAGUAUAACCAUCGUCAGCUUUCGCAACCAAGAGCCAAAAAGCAGGAUUUAUCAGACAGAAAUGGCGUCCCCGAUGAAGACUUCAUUUGUUGGGCGAGCUUAAUAGUCGAAUCCAUCUGGCCCAGCUCCAAUUCUUCAUCCGGGAGUGGUAUUGUGCCCUUACAGGCUUUCAUUCAAGCCUAA